AUGAAGAGCGUUCCGCUGAUAGCGCUGCUGGUCGUGCAGGUCCUUUGGGCAAGCCUGGUGUCGGCCGACAUAGCAGCAUACGUUCCGAACUGGGCGAACCAAAACAACAUUGACAUUAGCACCCUCAACUACAAUAACAUCAGCCAAAUACUCUAUGCCUUCUUCACUGUCAGCGCCAACGGCAGCGUCAUUCCCACACUCAAGGCCAACGAUGACAUCAACAUCCCCAAGCUCAAUCAGCUCAAGAGUGUUUAUGGAUUCACCACAAUUGCAUCCAUCGGAGGGUGGACCAACUCCACUCAAUUCAGCCAAGCUUUCUCGACGGAUGCCGGGCGGCAGAACUUUGUCAGCUCGGUGGUGUCGACUCUCAUCAACAGCUCGUAUGCAUUUGAUGGAAUCGAUAUUGACUGGGAGUAUCCAGACGCCUCGGGCAACGGAUGCAAUAGCAAGAGCAUCCACGACUUUCAAAACUUCAACACAACGCUCAAACUGCUUCGCGACCGGCUUGGAAACCGAACCAUCUCGAUCGCAGCCGGAGCGACCAUCAAGGUAUACUCAGAUGUCAACGGGACCAACUGGCUGCCGAUCUGGGCUCGCUACCUCUCGUACAUCAACGUGAUGACCUACGAUUACUCUGGCAACUGGAACUCGCACACGGGCUACAACACGCCCCUGUUUCCCUCUGCAAACGACCCCCUCAAGAUCAUAUCGAUCAACGACACUCUCAACAACUACGUCAACGUGCUUGGGAUCAACCCAAGCCAGCUCCGACUUGGUCUAGAGUUCAACGGGCACUCGUUCUAUCCGAUCAACAUCGAUGCCGCGCAUCCUGAUGGCGUCUUUCAGACAUGUCCCUUGACCAAUGCAUCCGAUCCGGCCUCGGGCGCAUGCACUACAAUCAAGGGCGACAUGCUCGACAACGCCGCCUUCGACGGCUGCAACCCACCGGGAUACUCGGGCGACUGGAGCUGGCGCGGGCUGCGGUCUAUGGGGGUGCUCCAGACCCCGACGCAGACGGUGCCCAACUCGGGUUGGAUCCGCACCUUCCACAACUCGGUCAUGGUCCCGACCCUCAUCAACCCAACCUCCAAGGUGUUCAUCAACUACGACGAUGUGCAGUCUGUCACUGCCAAGGCACAGUUUGCGCGCUACUGGAAGCUCGGGGGUAUCUUUGCUUGGGAGCUGUCCGAGGACUACUAUAACUCGUCCAGCAACAUCAACGGGGAGCUGAUUUCCGCGGCCGUGAGCGCCUAUCAAUCUGGCCAGGUCUUUCAGCUCGUGGCGACGUCGAAGGCAGCGCCGGCACGAACCGCGAGAACAGUCGAUGCGACAACGAUCGUGUGGUGGGUGGUCGGCAGCAUGUGCUGGGCGUCCGUCAUCUCAUGGCUGUGGAUGAGUGAGUGACGAGCAGCAAAUGGGAGACAAAGACCACCUCACACAGGCCCCCCAAGUAUGCCGCAUCAGCCAGGUCGCCUCUCGAGUCGCAGUCGCAGUUGCAGAAUGAACAUCAUGUGCAUAUCACAUAUGUAUUUGCAUUGCCGAUGCGUGGAUGCCGACGAAACAAGUCUGCAGGCGUGCCAUCUGGGAAAGGAGAAAGAGAGAGAGAGAGCAGGCCGGGUGGGAUCGAUCGAUGGCUUUGCAGAAAGCACGGGCGGCGGGAUGCAACAACACAGUAUGCCUGGGGAUCGGUGAAGGAGAAAGUACAGGCAGCGCGAAGCGAGAAGCUGGUGUCUCCAGCCAAACAAUGAUGAAGGCGUUGCUCAGCGCAAGGGGAAGCAAUCCGGCGAUUUAGUCCGAGAGGGUAA